AACGGCGGCGACGAGCUCGCGAGCACUGUAGUCUGGAGAACGAUGGAGAUCGUGACCUACAGGCGCAAGUGGUGGUGCCGCAGGGACGUCGACUCGAUAUAACCCGCCGAGUGCGUUAAAUUUUUUUUUCACAAUUAAAAUCAUCAUAGUUGAGGUGCAACCAAAAAAAAAAUUAAUCGAAUCGGCGAAGAUAGAGACAAUUGUACUGAGAGAUCAGCCCGGCAGCUCGCGGGAUAAAUUUAAUCCAAGCGGUGUCGAUCGGACUGGCUCUGCAUUUGGGUUAGCGACCGAUCUGAGAGAGACGAAGAGAAAAAGUGAUUGCGUAAGACUCGCGCGCCGUUUUCCGCCGGGAAAUCGGGUCGAGGUAGUGCGUCGGUCUUGUGAGAAAUGGAGGUGUAGUGUUGUACGUACGUACGUGCGUGUUAGUACAGUGAUGUUGUAGUGCCUACGGUGUAAUAGAGACGUAUGCUCGACUGAGUCGAGGUAUGGAGGGUUGUCUUGUCGUGCAGGGGAGAGGCUUUGCGAAAGGACUGGACUGAUGAAGAAGAUGCAUCACUUGUAUCCGACCUCCACGGGGGACCCUUUGUGUCCCCUGGGAUUCCAUCCGCAGGUGCGGUGGCCCACGAGGUGCAAGAGGUGCUUUAGAGAUUACAAAGAUCACAAGGAUCAUGGAGGAAAGAAGACCACAAAGGACACCACGGCUUCGUCUCCAAGUCUCUCGAUAUGGGAACCGACGAACGGGCGCAGGUCAUCGGUCGACAACGGCGAGAGCAAGCGCAGCUGGGCGUCGACCUCGAACCUGGCCAAGGAUGACCCCACGUCAACCUCCAACAGCUUUCACAAGGUCGAAAGCUCGAUCGGCUGGAGCUCGGCCAUGGACCUGAGCAGCGUCAGCCUCAGCGACCUAAAGGCCUCCAGUGCCGAACCCAUGUCCACCAGCGUCACCGUCAAGCCGCCCAGACCGAAGACCUACGCCGGAUCAACCUCGGACAGCUUCAACUUCAGGAGGUACUCCGUUGACGAGAGCAUCACCGACCGUGAGAAGAACGCGAUGAAUCAUUCGACCAGCAGCACGACGACGAGUCAACCACCCCAGCACAAGCUGCAGAUAAAGGGGGUCAUCGACAAGUCAAACGGCACCACUUCCGACAACGACGCUGAGUUUAUCAUUCAGGUAAGGAAAUCGCGAAUCAUCGAGCGAAACGGAGCGAAAACCGACUGGUCCGAAAAAGAAAAGGCUGGAAAGGCCGAAAAACAAGAGGUAGAGAAACUCAGGACGCAACUGAGCGACAUGAGAGCCAGGUGCGAAAGGGUCGAGAAGGAGAAGGCCGACAUCCUGCUUCGGCGGAUCGGCACCAUAGACUCGUCGAAGCCCAGCACCGACGUGCUGAAGCUUCAGAAGACCGUCAAGGACCUGCAGGUCAAGAACGACGCUCUGACGGAGGAGCGCUCGAGUCUGGCCACGAAGAUAAAGAGCCUGGAGAAAGAGCUGAACCUGAAAACCCACAAGAGCGAACGCGAGCGCGCCAACGAGGAGUUGCGCUCGAAGCUCAAGGCCGCGGAGACUCUUUGCGAGAGUCUGAUGGACGAGAACGAGGACAUGAAGAAAGAGAUCCGCGAACUCGAGGAGGAGAUAUACGAGAUGCAGGACAACUUCAGAGAGGAACAGGCCGACGAGUACACGACGAUACGGAAGAAUCUGGAGCAGUCCAACAAGAACUGUCGCAUAUUGUCUUUCAAGCUGAGGAAAAUCGAGCGUAAGGCCGAGCAACUCGAAGCCGACAAGACGGACCUCGAAAAGAAAUACGAACAGAUCAAAAGGAUAGAGGACAUCCUGAAGAAAGUCGGAACGGAGUACAAGAAUCGCUCGUCCCAGAAGAAGCCCACGGAGUUCAACCAAAAAAUGCAACUGAAGAAGCUGGUCGACGGAAUGGAAAAGGACAUAGGUGACGUGAUUAACGUGAUGGUGAACAUGAUUGACGGGCGCGAUCUGGGCAUUCCGACUUCCAACUUCAAGUAUGACAAAUUGUCCAAGGAGCACGAGCUGCUCAAAGAAAAACUCGACAAGACCCUCAAGGAGCUCGAGCUGGAGAAGCAGACGAAAAAGACCAAGACGACGACUAGCGUGGACGAUUCGAAGAGCGAGGAACUGAAGAAGAAAUUGGAGGAAAGCCAGGCGUCGCGCGAGCUCGAGCGCAAGUCGUGGGACGCCGAGAAGGUCAAGCUCCAGGAGGAAAAAGAGAAGCUCAAGUCGAAAUUGCUCUCGCUCUCGGCCGAUAAACUCAAGGUCUACAACGAAGUCGUCCAGCUGAAAAAGGAUCUCGAGGCUGCCACGUCGUCGAAGAAGGACACGGCUAAGAUGGAGUCGGUACUCGCGGACUUGAAGAAGGAGCUGCAGCAGGAGAGGGAUAGGUGUAAAAAGCUCCACGACGAUCUGGUGACCAUCGGCGAGAAGGAGACGAGACUCGCCAGGACGUUGACUACGACCGAGACAGCGAAAAUACAGUUGGAGAAUGACCUGAAGCAGACCAAGUUGGAGCUGGAAAACGCGAAGAACUCGACCUCCACGAAAAUCGCAGAAGUGACGGCAGAGCUUUCGGCCCUGAAGAAGGAGAAAGAAAAGCUCAAGAGUCAGUUGGAGAAGGAAAAGCUGAGCAAAGACGCGGAAAUAGCUUCGCUGAAGAAGAAAAAUCUCAUGCUGGAAAAGGCUGGACUCAACUCCAAGAAAAUGGAGGACCUCAAGCAGACCUACGAUGAGAAAAUCUCGAAUCUUGAAAACGAACUGAAAAAGACGACUCGCAAGUACGAGGAGCUUAACAGCAAACACGAGCGGCUGUCCGAUUCGAAGCUGCAGCUUGAGAAGGAGAACCAGCUUCUGAAUGGGCAACUGAUAGACCACAAGCAGGACUACAUAACGCUACAGGCGGAACUGCAGGAGGUCCGACAGUUCUACAAAACCAAGGAGUCCGAGUGGUCGGCGCAAAAGUCCAAGCUCGAAGAACAAUUACGCGAAUACGAGAAGACGGCGAACACGCUGUCGCAAGAUGAUCUGCGGGAGGAGAAUCUCAGGCUGAAGAAGGAAAGCAGCUCGUUGACGCAACAGAUCGAGGACCUGAAGAGAGUCAACGACGACCUGAGCAGCAAACUACAGGACUACACGCACGUAGCAAAGAUCCAGCGCAACUUUUCCGCGGACAGCUCGGCCCUCGAGUCAGAGCUGCGAAAAGCCAAGAAUGCCGUGGCCAACGCAGAAAAAGCUCGCAAGGCUGAUCUUGCCCAGUGCAAGAUGCGCUACGAGCAACGAAUCACUGCCAUCACCGACGAGAUCAAGUCCAUUCAGGCCCAGCUGUCGAGGUACAAGCGGGAAAGGGACACGUACAAGCAGAUGCUGGAGGGGGCUCAGAAGACCAUCGCGGAGCUCAAGACUGUGAGGCCAAGGAGGCAGUCUACCAAUUCUACUGGAAAGUCUACAGAUGAUGAUGAAGAAGUGACGGGGGCGAGUCGAGCUCUCCUGGAGAAGCAGAUAAUAAGCUUGGAAGACGAGCUUUCCGAGGCAAAGCUCGAAGCUUCGAAGUACAAAACCGAACUGGUGUCCGAGAAGUCCGCUUGGGAAAUCAAGCUUUCGGAAAUGCAGUCCCGCAUCAACGAGCUGGAGGAGGAAAGACUGUUGGCGAGCGGCCGAACAAAAAUGCCAGGAUUGAAAGUACGAAUGGAACUGGCCUGGCAGAAGGAGCGGGAGGACCAGCAGCGACUAUUACAGGAGACUGCAACGCUCGCUCGCGACCUCCGUCAGACGCUCUUCGAGGUGGAAAGAGAGCGAGACAAGGAGCGACUGGAGAACAAGAGGAAGCAGGACCAGCUGAAGAAGAUCUUCGACGAGGAGAAGGACGAGAACAAGAAGAAGCUCGUCGAGCUUCAAUGCGACCUGUUGGAACUCCGCGACGCCCACGCGAAGCUGCGAACGAGCAACGAAAAAAUGCGCCGCGAGAAGGAGCGUCACGAGCGCGAACGAGAGGACCUGCGCAGUCUCAUCGCCAGCAAGCGUCGCCUCGAACAAACCGAAGCCAGAAAUUUGAAUAUUCUGCUGCAGCAGGUGGACGAUCUCAUGAGGCUCUUUCCGGAGAUGAACGGGGGAAUCGAGGCUCAGGCAGACGGAAAACUACCGCCGGAAACGUACACGCCGACGCCGCCCAGGAGGACGAAGGGACCAAAAUCGAGAGAAUCUUCCCCGAUGCUGGAUUCGAGGGACGAAAGUCGGGCGUCGUCGGUGGUUCCGACCGGAAAAACCGAGAAGCUCGAGUACACCAUCAAGAAGCUGAUGGAAGUAGCCAAGGAACUGCAGGAAUCGAAGAAAGCCGCGGACGAGAGUGCGAGCCGAUCGAAGAAAAUGGGAAAACGGUCGUCAUCGAUAGACAACGACGCCGGAAAGGCAACAGCGCCGAGUCGCUCGAAGCCGAGCUUGAAGAGGAAGAGCCUGUCGUUGGAGCAAACGACGGGAAGAGGAAGCGAUCAGUCUAUUUGGGGUAACAACAGCAACGUCUCGAGUCUCCAGUCCCUGAACGGCUCGGACGUGGGCGACAGUCGCCACUACAGUUUGCAACGGGACUCCAGCAUCGAAAGUCACUUAUCCAGCGAAUCUACCAAAAGCGAGAUUCUCCGACACGAAAAGAAACACAGCAAAGGAAUCAUCCGGAAGAUCACGACGAAGCUCACCAAAUCCGCGAGUGUCGACGAUCCCAACAGCUCGUUCGAGUCGUCACUUCAGGCAUCGGGCUCGGAGGCGAGCAUCACCGACACGAUGAAAAAGGAGAAGAAGAAUCUGAAGAAAAAGUUGUCGAACAUGUUCAAGCGCGGCUCCAAGAGCAACGGUUUGGACAAGGACUCAAAGGACAGCAGGCCAUCCUCGAGGACAUCGGUAGCCUCAGCGAGACCCUAAAACUUCGUUAUUUUCUCGAAUUAAUAUACGCAUCGCAACUUUCAUUAUUUCUCACUCGUUAAAUAAUUCAUAAGUGCAAAGAACGAGAUCCUACCAGUUGGGCAUUUUACGUGCAGAAACAUAUGACGCGCGCGCAUCUUUGCAACGUGUACAUAAGUUCGCCAAGUCUGUUCAGGAAACGGACGAUGUUUCAAAGUGCCUUAUUAACAAUUCGAAGUUCUUUUUUUUAAUUAUUUUUUAAUCUAAAGCUCUGGCUUCAGCCGAGAAUAUAAUAUUAUUUACUGUAUACGCUGAUUAUCAAUUAAGAAACUACAAGUGUUCCCCGAUGACGUGAAGAGAGGAUUAAACAAAAAAUUCCGAUACAAAUUACAUUAGACGUCAAUCAAGUCAGUGUUGUAAGCCACUAUUUAUAUAUUAUGUAAAUAUUGUUACGUUAAUUAAACAAGUUGAUGAAUUGAUUCAACAGCACGUGU